CGGCGGGGCGGGUGCGGGGCAGCUCCUACGGGAGCAGCGGGGCGGGCUGCUGCUCAGCGGCGGCGGCUCCUCCUCCCGGCGGCUCCUCCUCCCCGGGGCGGGAGCUCCUCCUCGCCGGUGGUUCCUCCCGGUGCUGGGGCUGUUCCUCCCCGCAGCGGCUCCUCCCGGUGGCACCGGCUCCUCUCCGGGCUGGUCCCUCCUCCCGGCGGCUCGCACUCCCGCAGCGGCUCCUCCGGGCGGCUCCUGCCGGAGCUGGGCUUCGUGCCCGUCCUCCCCGGGCGCUCCUCCCCGGGGCUGCAGGCUCGGGGCUCCGGAAGCGGGUGGCGCUGCCAGCGGGACUGUUUCCUGCCCGGGACGCGGCGGAGCCGAGCGGAGCCAUGACUCACCAGACCGGCAUCCACGCCACCACAGAAUUAAGGGACUUCUUUGCCAAAGCCCGAAAUGGUUCAGUUCGGCUCAUCAAGGUCGUCAUUGAGGAUGAACAGCUCGUGCUGGGAGCCCACAAAGAGCUGUCCCGGCGCUGGGAUGCCGACUAUGACGCCUUUGUGCUGCCCUUGCUGGACGAGCAGCAGCCGUGCUACGUGCUGUACCGCCUGGACAGCCAGAACGCCCAGGGCUACGAGUGGCUCUUCAUCUCCUGGUCGCCCGACAGCUCCCCGGUCCGGCUGAAGAUGCUGUACGCUGCCACCAGAGCGACGGUGAAGAAGGAGUUUGGCGGGGGGCACAUAAAGGAUGAGAUGUUUGGAACGGUGAAGGAAGACGUGUCCUUGAGUGGUUACCAAAAGCACGUGUCCUCCUGCUCUGCCCCAGCCCCGCUGACCGCAGCCGAACAGGAGCUCCAGCAGAUCCGGAUCAACGAGGUGAAGACGGAGAUUAGCGUGGAGAGCAAGCACCAGACCCUGCAGGGCCUGGCCUUCCCCCUGCAGCUGGAUGCUCAGCAAGCCAUCCAGGCUCUCAAGCAGAAGAAAAUCAACUACAUCCAGCUGAAGCUGGAUCUGGAGCGGGAAACCAUCGACCUGGUGCACACGAGCCCCACAGAGAUCGCCGACCUGCCCAAGAGGAUCCCACAGGACUCCGCUCGCUACCAUUUCUUCCUGUACAAGCACUCGCAUGAAGGAGACUAUUUGGAGUCUGUCGUCUUUAUCUACUCCAUGCCUGGGUACAAAUGCAGCAUCAAGGAGCGCAUGCUCUACUCCAGCUGCAAGAGCCGGUUGCUGGACACCGUGGAGCAGGAGUUUUGCCUGGAGAUAGACAAGAAGAUCGAGAUCGACGACGGAGCUGAGCUGACGGCAGAGUUCCUCUACGAGGAGGUGCACCCCAAGCAGCACGCCUUCAAGCAGGCCUUUGCCAAGCCCAAGGGGCCUGUGGGGAAACGAGGACAGAAGCGGCUGAUCAAGGGGCCAGGCGAGAACGGCGAGGACAGUUAAAUCCCACAGGACCGGGCGGUGAAUGGACAGCAUCCCCGCAGUGCUUCCCGGCUUCCUCUCUGCUGACCUGGGGAUCUUUCCUUCUAUCUCAGCCUUCCUUUUUUUUUUUUUUUUUUUUCCUCCUUUUAUUUUCCUAUUUCAUUCCUUUUGUAAACAUCAGGAUGUCUUCUUGCACCUGGGGGCAGAGCGAGGAGGAGGAGGGUUCAGGGUUAUUGAGGUUUCUCUUCCUUGCAUCCUUCUGCAAGGCCUGGCGCUACUGGAGGAGGAUGAGAGCAGCAGGACCGCAUCCCCCAGCCUUGCUCUUGUCUCCCCGGGGUCACAGCCGCUGCUCUCUGUGUCCCCAUGUGACUGAAGGACACGCUCGCCUGCAAGCCGCUCUAUGCAAAGGGAAGGGGGAUGGAUGGUGGUGGGGAUUCCUGGUUGAAAAGAGUAAAUGCUUCUUUCCCUGCUCCCCCAGAUUUUGCUCCCCUGUCCUGCUGUCGGUGUGCACGGCCCCGCUGUCCCAUGCCCAGAGCGAUCCUGCACCCCCUCAGGGUGUGGACAGGAGCCCUCCCCGCGGGGUGGGCUUUGCUGGUAGGAGUUUGUCCCUGGGGAGGAGGAAGGUCAUCCCCAAGUUCAGAGCUCAGCCUGGCCCUGGAAGGAGAUCACACUGCCUUUGGGUGGUUUGCAUCCCAUUUUUGAACGCACCUCUUAAGGCUUUUUCCCAUCAGAGGGAUCUGUCACAGCCCUAACUCAGUUUAGGAUGGGAGCUGGGGAGGACCUCAAGCCCCCACCCUCCUUGUGCUCCACUGUCACCCCCAAGUUUUGCUGCUGGCUUUCUGAUCUGGGGCAGCCCCAUGUCUUAAAUGCACGGGCUACCCCAAAUCCUCCUGGGGGGGAAGUGUGACAGCCUCUGCGCGUUCCCCCGGGGACAUCCGCAGCUAUUCCCAGCUCUAAGGGCUGAGCUUGGCACUGAGUUAGGCUUCACUGAGGGCUCGGGGAGGGAGAGUGCCUUGCUGCUGGGAACCAGUGAGGGCUUGAGAGCCGCCUGACUCCCUGGGAAGAUGGAAACGGGGUCCAUGAAUUCUGCCCUCUGCUUUCCUGCUGCAGCGGUGAACAUGCCGAUGUUGCCUUGACCUCGGUGGAGCGGGCGGUGGGGUUGAAGCUGGGGGGAGCAGAGCACACUGUACUGAACGCUGUAUUUUCUAAAGAAUAAAGUAUUUUUAAAACAG